AUGGAAACCCCAGCCAGAGACGCUUUACUCAAGCUUGCUUGCAAUUCAAGUCUCACCAGGGAUGCUUCUGCACCGCAGGGUCUCACAGAACCCCAGAAGAAGUGUCUUGAGGCGGAUCAGGCGCUCGUCAAAUUGAAGCUUGCCUAUCAAGCGCUUCGAAAUGACCUCAUUGCGGAAUUUCAUCAACUGAAUAAAGAAACCAGUGAUGAUGCUAAGCGCUUUGAUGAAUAUCGUACCCUUCAAAAAUUAAUUAGGGCUAGGCGGAAGAAAAUUCACGACGACGCAAAAGGGAAAAUGUGA